AUGCCACCCAGGUGCUCGUGCUCGGCGAUCCCAUCGUCAAUAACUUCCACCUCAUCAUUAUGGCAGGCUAGCAUCAAGGCUGCCGGCAGGGCCCCAGCCCAACAAACCCAGAUCAAUGCCUCCUUCUCGACCACCGCGAGUCGCGAAUACAACUCCAAGGCCCGGAGACAGUUUUGGCACUGGCUGUCACGGCAAGGCGUGCAGUUCAAAAAGCCCAGCCCUGAUGGUCGCACCAACUACCUGAAUGGCAAAAACACACCGUUUCCUCUGAACCCAAACUUUGCCAGCAGGCCAGUCUUGACCGAUGGAGCUCGCGACUUAAUAUGGUCAAAAGUUAUCGAAAAAGGCGAGACCGUCAAGGCUGUCUCUGCAGAGCUCGGCAUUGACAUCAACAGAGUUGCUGCAGUGGUGAGGUUAAAAGAGGUUGAAAAAGACUGGUUAGCCAAGGGCAAGGAGAUGGCGAUCCCUUACGCCAGAGCUAUUGCAAAUAUGCUCCCUCUCAAGUCCUACAAGGUAGACGAGCGGAAUACGCCCUUGGAGCCCAUCAACGAGCUUCACGUUCACCCCCACACAAUGAAGCAGCUGUACUGGCCUACUUCGGAGUCGAGGCAGUUCACGCGUGAGGAUGCCGCCAAGGCUUUCCACCGCAACAUGCUCUCUGCUGAUGCGCGUAUCCCUCACCCCGAGUUGGUCCAGAUGGAGCGUGACCUGCUCCAGAAAAUGAGCCCAGCAGAGGCUCGGGCCAAAUUCAUCGAGUCCACUCGGGACGCGGAGCGCAAGGCCGCCGAAGCGCGUGCCAAAAAGGCCCAGCAAGAGGAACAAACUCUGCAGCGUGUCAACACCAAGCGCUUCGAGUUCCGCUUCAAGAAGAUCAACGCCGAAGACGUUGGCAACGACGGUCGCAAGAUCACUGCCAUUGGUGCUAGAUAUGGCAGACCCUCAUACGACCGGGUCAAGGGUGCUGUUAAGAUCCCUACUAGCGUGCCUUGA